GGAAUUUAGCGCGUCUUCCGUUUUCCGGUCUCCCUGAACAGCAUGGCGAACUUCGAGCACGCCGAAGACGACCCAAAACACGCGAGCAUGUCCGCGGUGACCGAAACGUCCGUUGCGCCGGGCGCCUUCGCCUCCUGCAUCCCGUCGUUCGCGGCCGCCUCCGAGCUGAUGUCGGCGCCGUACUCGUGCCUGGUCAUGAGCGCGCACCGGAGACACGUCGCCCUGCCGCCGGUGUACCUCAACAAGAAGAGGACCGGCAUUCAGGAGGAGCUGGAAGCCGAGCUGCUCAAGUUCUCCCAAAGACUACAAGGAGUUCCCGUGGCUUAUGAAAACAUCAGGAUAGUGGGUCACCAUGGAAACAUCUACGACGACAGCGGCUACAUCCACAUGGACAUAGAAGCCAACUUCAUCAUCUUUGAGCCCCUGAAAGGACAGAAACUGGUGGGUAGAGUGAAUAAACUGGGAGUCGGCCACGUGGGCUGCCUGGUGCACGGCUGCUUCAACGCCAGCAUCCCCAGACCCAACCUGGUUUCCGUGCCGACCUGGCGGGACGCGGGGCCGAGGAUCGGAUCGGAGAUGGAGUUUGAGGUGACGGCUCUGGACGCUGACACUGCCGGGGUGCUGCUGAUCAGAGGGCGGAUGAACAGGACCAGGGUGCAAGAGCUGCUGGCUAUGAGCGAGGGCUCAGAGUCAGGAUCCACUGAAGAGUCUCCCAAAAACACCCCCAAAAAGAAGAGUGCCAUCCGCAAAGUCAAAGAGGGCAGCACAACACCACAGGUGAACGGAGCAAAUAUUGAAGAGAAUGGCAAUGAAGCUGGUGAGAAAAAUAAAAAGAAGAAGAAGAAGCAGAAACACAUAAAGGAAGAAGAAGAAGAAGAAGAGGAGGAGGGUGAGCUCUCCACUAUGGCGGUUCACUGCAGUGACUCCAGCGGGUACCUCAGUGACAAGCCAAGCAAAAAGAGAAGUCGUGAAACUAGUUCAGCAGGGAACUUAAGUUUAAAUGCGGCUCCAGAGCCACCAAAGUCCAAAAAAAAGAGGAAAAGUGAUUUGAAGUGAAGAAAAAAAAAGAUCUUCUCUUUGGAAAAUGGUGUGUGUGUGUGUCAGACACCAUAGAAAUGAAAAUUAUGGCUCUGGAGGAAAAUGCAGAUGUGACAUGACAACUAAACGUCCUUCUUUUAGCGAGCAGGAGCUUCUGAGCUCCCCUAAAGUCACUUGAUUCAGGCCUGCAGAAGAAUGUUGUGCAAAAGCACAUGACUCGAUGGAACCAGCCGGUGUUGGACUGCAGCUCUCUUUUGCUGCCUGUGGGGGGAGCAAAACAUCUUCAAAGCCUUUAAAACACCGGAAUGAAACCAUGUGAACCUCAUUUUUUAAACAACGUGUUGAGUCCAAGUUGAUAUUACUUCUCUGUAACAACUCUUUUGAAACAAUUGUUUUGUAAAGUAGCUGCAGUUGAAGUAUUUUAGAUUAAUUUGUGAUCUCUUCAGUGUUGCUUUUCACACAAAUGUCUUUGAAACAAACAGAAAUGGACAUUAAACAAUCAGUUCUUAUCCCAAUUAACAUGCGCAUUUUUUAAUGAGUGCUUCCAGAGAUAUUUCUUAAGACCAAUCAUUUGUUUAUUCAAAAUAACUGAAGACAAGCUGGGUCUGCAAGUUCUCCAGUGACAGAUCUGUUAGAAGAAAUUACCCCUGUAAUGUUUUUAAUACAAAGAUUUCCUGUUCUUUGUCACAUAUUCCCUCCCACAACAAACUCUUUCAUGCUGACCAGUUGGUGUCGGCUGAUAAAGCGCUGAGAGACGACCUGGAGAUCUUAGUGUUUUCUCCCACACACACAC